AUGUCUCCUCCCACCACCACCGGCAAACCUGUAGCUCAGCGUUUCCAGCAAAUCGUCAAGCUCAGGCCGGAACACUACGAAGCGUACAAGGCCUGUCACGCAAAAGUCUGGCCAGAGGUCUUGGAGCAGAUUCGACACUGCCAUAUUGAAGAUUCGGGUUCACCUACUGAUGUCGAACUCACUCCAGACUCCAUCUCGUACGACGAGAUAAGCCACAUAUUGUUUGCCAGCUUCAAGUGGACGGGGCAUGACUUCGAGGCGGACAUGAAAGCGAUGAGGGAGAAUGAGAAGGUCAGACAGUGGUGGAGGAUGACGGAUGGCUAUCAACAGAGCGUGGCUGAGGGCGCCGUCAGCUCAGAGAAGGGCGGAGUGGAUGGCGUCCCAGGCUGGUGGAAGCCGUUGGAGGAGGUGUUCUACUUCGCUGGUUGA